GGCCCGGGCGGAGGGGCCUGGCCGCCCGCGGGGGUCGCUCAUUGGGUUUCUCUCUCGCAGAUGAGGACGGGGACAUGAUCGCCUUCUCCAGCGACGAGGAGCUGGAGCUGGCCUGGCCCUACGUGAAGGACGGCGUCUUCCGUGUCUACAUUAAAGAGAAAAAGGAGUGCAGGCGUGAACAUCGCCCACAGUGCAGCCAGGAGCAGCCCCCAAACGUGGUGCAUCCCAACGUCAUCUGCGAUGGCUGCGAGGGACCGGUGGUGGGUGCUAGGUUCAAGUGCACUGUCUGUCCAGACUACGACCUGUGCAGCACUUGUGCGGGAAAAGGCCUCCAUAAGGAGCACAACAUGGUCAUGUUCCAGAGUCCACUUGAGUGGUUCCCACGAGGUCGCUGGCUACGCAAGCUGAGGCACGGUGCUCCUCCCUUUGCCUGGAUGCAUAGCUGGGGGUAUCCAGCUCCUUCAGCUCCGUGCCAGAACUCUGGGCAGGAACAAGCCAGUACGGCACCGGAAAAUCCAGCCCCUGAGCAAGGCAUUGAGGUAGAUAUUGAUGUGGAACACGGAGGACAAAGAAGCAAAGUGACUCCCACCUGCCCUAGCUCCAAGAAGAGUGAUGCUGACUCUGCGGGCAGUGCCACUACUCAGAACAGCCAGACCAAACAGGAAGGGAGCAGCACAGAACCUGCCCCAGAAAACAGUGCUAUUGCAGAGCAGAUGCAGGAGAUGGUGAUUGACUCUCCUCAGGCACAGAUGGAAGACAGCAGCUUCCAGUCUCAGUCAUUAGAACAGAGCGAUUCCAGUAGCAACUCAGCAGUUGAUGAGGACUGGACCCACUUAUCUUCAAAGGAAGUAGAUCCCUCAACAGGUGAGCUGCAAUCUCUACAAAUGCCAGAGACAGAUGGUCCCAGCUCGCUGGACCCAUCUCAGGCUCCCCCUACACCAGGGCCUACUGGAUUGAGAGAGGCUGCACUGUACCCACAUCUCCCACCAGAAGCAGAUCCUCGCCUGAUAGAAUCUCUGUCCCAAAUGCUGUCCAUGGGCUUCUCAGACGAGGGGGGAUGGCUCAGUCGUCUCCUGCAGGCAAAGAACUGCGACAUCGGGGCGGCGUUGGAUGCCAUCCAGUAUUCCAAGCAACCACCGCACUCUUAACACUUGCUGUGUAAUCUAAAGUACUUACCUGUAGUCUACCAGAAGCUGAACUUGUAUGACAGCUCAACCGUUGUUCUCCCUCUAUCAAGGGUCUUGUGUCUGUACUUGGUCUUUCUGUAAGUGCUCAGUAGAACAAAUAAAUAUCACUUCCUGCCUUUAAUUUA